CAUAGUGCAGACAGCACACCACACAAACUAGCUAGUUUCCGUUAACAAGCAGAGACACAGCAGGAGAGUACCAGUGACGAGCGGCCAUUUCCCUAUCUCCACUCCACCAGUGACCAGACUAGCCUCUAAAUUGUUCAGGAGCCCAGAGGCCCCAUCACACUCUCGAAAUGCAUAAAUCAUUCGCAAUAUCUAAUUACGUUCUCCACGCGCUGCUCAUAACGUUGGGGAUGCUGAAAUGGGUAGUUGGCCAAGAAGGAUUCUGUUCUGCACCUCCUGCGUACACGGAAUCGAGAACUCUCUAUUGGAAAGUCACAAAUCCUACACUUGCCCCUUCUCAUCUUGAAGACUUGCCGGGUUUCACCCGUAGCGUGUAUAAGAGAGAUCAUGCAGUAAUUACACCGGAAAGUCAUGUAUUUAGCCCUCUGCCUGACUGGACCAAUACAUUGGGAGCAUAUUUGAUCACUCCGGCUAUGGGGUCGCACUUCGUUAUGUAUUUGGCAAAGAUGCAAGUGAAUUCAAGCUCAGCAAUACCUCCUAAAGAUGUUGAGAGGUUCUUAUUUGUAGUUCAGGGUGCUGUGACACUAGUAGAUGUCUAUGGGGAUAGCAACAGACUGCAGGUGGAUUCGUAUGCAUAUCUACCUGCUAAUUUUGAACAUUCUCUGAAGUGUGAUGUGUCAGCAACUCUUGUUGUAUUUGAACGAAGGUAUGCUAAUUUGGAAAAUCAUGUACCUGAGAAAAUUGUUGGCUCAACAGACAUGCAACAGCUCCUGGAAACUCCAGGCGAGGUUUUUGAGCUCCGGAAACUUCUGCCUGCAUCAACACCUUAUGAUUUCAAUAUCCAUAUCAUGGACUUCCAACCUGGAGAGUAUCUUAAUGUGAAGGAGGUCCAUUAUAAUCAGCAUGGCUUGUUGCUUCUAGAGGGACAAGGAAUUUAUCGCUUGGGUGACAGCUGGUACCCUGUUCAAGCUGGUGAUGCCAUUUGGAUGGCACCAUUUGUGCCUCAAUGGUAUGCUGCACUUGGGAAAACCAGGACAAGGUACUUGCUAUACAAGGAUGUGAACAGAAACCCACUGUAACCAUGCCAUGUAGCGGUUUCACUGUUGCUAUUUCCUAGGAGAGAGCAAUUGCCGAGGCAGAGUAGGUAGUGGCAUAUAGUCUGUUGAUCCAAGUGAAGUGAAAUGUCUAACAAAUCAUAAAAUAUGGUAACUAGAAAUACAUUAUGGCAAUUGCUGAAAGACCGGAAAUUGUAUUUUGUCUACCCAUUCAUAGACAUUAGGGCAUGUCUUACUCUUGUUUGUCUAAGAAGUUAUACCCUUGGACAUAGGGUGCUUACUAGGUUUUUUGAAGUCUGCUUUUAAUAAUUGACAAGGCCAUAGCCAGGUUAGCCCUAAUUUAAAAGGAGUUUUGUUGCAAAAGAACUUAUGCACAUAAAGUCAUUUGCCCAAGAUCUCUGUUCAGUAGAUUUGGGUGAAACUUUAAGAUUUCAUAGGAGCAAUAAUGCAGUGUAGUUACAUUAGCAUUGAAUCGUA